ACACACACAUGCACCCCUCUGCAGACUCUUCUCCUCCAGGGCCGCACUUCUCGCUCGAAAGCAGGAAUCCUCAAAGCUAGAUCCACGCACUCAGCUCAUGCGAGACGUGCUCUUCCGUAAUGCAACACCGGCAAAGUUGCAAUUGACAGAGGAAGAAGCCAUCAUGCACGAUACAAUACACCGUGCCUGGCAAUUACAUCUACGCCGACAAAGAACAGCGCGAGAUGUUGACCUUGAACGGCGCUAUAAUCGCAUGCGAGAGGCAUGUGCCGAUUUAGCGGAACACGAUCCAAAGCUCUUCAAGCUGGCCAUGAUGAGAGAUCCGAAAGCCGGAUUCCCGUUGAACGCACGAGCGUUGACAGAGACACCGCCAUCGAGUGGUUGGAAUCAUGACUGGAAACGUCCUCAAGAAUGAUCCCUUCCUGGGCCUCUGUACAACCUUUUUUACGCAU